UUUGUCUUUUGUCAACGUGACAAUUUUUUGCUGAUUGGCUGUGUCGGGUGGUGGAGGGUUACGACACAUGUUGCAAGACUGGUUUGUAUGAUUUUGUGUGGUGUUUAUAUAGGAUUUCCUAGCUUAUGUAAUUAAUUACCUAAGACACAUCAAGGCCCGACAUUCCUCCCACCUUUGCACACGUGGUGCAUCCAUUGGGUCCGCUUAAGUUCAUGCUCCCUCCGGAGGUCAUCCCGAGGUUUGUGGGAGCACAGGCCCGCUUUAUUGCCCCUAGAUGUGGUGCGUGUCUAUAGCUAUGCUUUUUGUGAAACGGCCUUGGUUACCCGCCCCCUCCCCCCUUAAGGUCGACUCAACCUUAAAAUCCAUGCUGCAGUAUGCAAUGAUUCCACUGGGAAGACAAAGUCGGGUAUGCUCUGGUUAUACCCCUGGAAUACAUAUUAUUUUGGACGUGGAGAAUUUACAUAAUUCGUGUUAUGUAUGUUUUAUGAAUGAUGCUUAGGUUCAACACUUCAAUACAAAACUUCCUUACUUCGUUAUCAAGUUUCUAUGCUUAAUCCAGAUCUCAUGGCACUUAUGUAUGGAUAAGUGGAUGUUAAACAUGCAACUAUUCGUAUCCAAAACCUCACAACUAUGUGCUGUAUUGUCAUUUUACAAUAUACCCUGUCCCCAAAGUUAACGUUACAAUGAUAUUUAAGAAUAUUAAUAUGCAGUGGUUGUAAUUUUAACAUUUCAACAUUUCAGGAACCAGUGUUUGUUAAUUCAUAGAGUGAAAUGGCAAAGGACAUUCAGGUCUCUUUGCCCUGCAUUUGUCCUCGGGUGGGCAGCGAGUUUACGGUGUUUGUCCAUGGGUCUGUGAGGGCCGACGUCCGCCCCACCGCCCUCGCCGGGCAGAUGGGGCGCAACGUUUGCCCCCUCCACUCCAUCCUCCACCACGUAGAUCGGCCCCCGCUGGGCCCCCGCCGACCGGGUGAUCGCCCCCCCCCCCCCCCCCGUGUUAGCGCCCCCUCUGAGGGACAUAACUAAAUCGCUGGCUCACCGCCGCACGGGGUUAUCCCACACACUGCCGCGUGCACUGCCUCAAAAGCGAACGCGGUGGCGUGAACGCGCGCGCCCCUGCAGGUGCUUAUUCACGCAUGUGAGUUUUGUUUGCACGUUCACCACAAGUACCGUGUGUGGCGAAUGCAGACAGGAUUAUUUGAAUAAGGAUUCUGAUUGGUGUUUUAACAUCUUGACACAACUGUUUUAUUGCCCGAAAGGGUAAAAGCUAUUGUAAUGGAAGGGAUGUUCAUUUUCUGGUCCUGAUUAUUUAAAAGCAAUCCUUUCCCUGCUCAAAAUAGUUUGUACUGCAUAUGGAAACUAAGAAAAUGUAAGUAAGUUAAUUUUACUUAGCCUAUUAUUUUUACAUUUGUUUGAGAAUUUUUAAGAUGUGAACUGUUUUUUUGUGAACGUAUUUUUGUUGCUUUAAAAUGGAAAUGUUGUGUUUUAAGCACAGCAUAAUGUACCAAAAUCAGUGUAGAAUGUAAAUGUUGCUGAAACAAAGUUUUAAAAUAAAAUCCCUUAAUUGACCCCCAACUUAAAGCCUCGUGGCUGUCCGUUAACUUCCCCAACCGACAGCUCCGCCCCCCCUAGCAAUUGUCUGCUAAUUACACUCCACCUCACACCCACGAGCUGUAGGAGCGAGGCUCUGUCACUCAUUGGUGCUGAUAACGUUCAUAUUCAACACCAUAAGUCAGGAGUCUCAUCCAUGCAGUUCCUCGUUGUGGUGACACCUCCCUUCAUCAUAUAGCCUCUCAAUUUAUUUCUACAUAAGGAUUGUGUUUCACUCCAUCUAGAUCACUCGCAAAAGAUCCUUCAAACCUUCCACAUUCAUGCACAUCGUAAAUUACUUCAGGAAUGCUUUUCCUCUUCCCAAUUUGUGUACACAGUGUUGGGAUACGAGAGCAGGUUUACAAUGUGCAGAGCGUAAAUAGUCACUCUGACCCCUAAUAGAUCAUUUACCACAAUAAUAAUUUUCCACAUAGAUAAUUUACCACAUCAGCACCCAUUCUCUGAUUGACAGACAGCUUGCAGAUAAACAACUCUCUGCAGCUGCGUGAGUUACAUGGAGGUACAGCGGCUCACCACUACACGUCGACUUUCGCGACCGAUAACAUCCAUAAUACAGUUUUUGUUUUGUUUAGAUCGCGUAAAUACAUUCAGUAAAUAUAUAUGCGAUAUAACCCAAAAAACGUAUAUUAUAGCUCACCACCGAUAAACAUCAACCAGCCCAGCAGCUCACCAACCGUAUCACGACCAGGCAGCAGCACAAUGGACAAUGAUGAAUACCGAAAUCGAGGUAAGGAGAUGGUGGACUACAUCGCCAUGUAUCUGCGUGGGCUACGUGAGCGGUCCGUGAACCCCUCCGUGCUGCCCGGCUAUCUGCGUCCCCUGCUGCCCGCCGGCCCCCCGCAGCAAGGAGAGUCCUGGGAGAGAAUCUUUAAGGAUGUGGAGCGGCUCAUCAUGCCUGGGGUCGUACACUGGCAGAGCCCGCACAUGCACGGGUACUACCCGGGGCUCAACUCAUACCCGUCACUCCUGGGUGACAUGCUGGCGACUGGGAUGAACAGCGUUGGAUUUACAUGGGCGUCGAACCCGGCCAGCACGGAGCUGGAGAUGGUGGUGACGGACUGGCUGGCGACCAUGCUGUCCCUGCCCGACACCUUCCGGCACGACCACCCAAGCGGACGCGGUGGCGGAGUCAUGCAGACCACGGUGAGCGAAUCCAACCUGCUGGCGCUGCUGGCGGCACGGACGCGCGCUCUCGCCCGCCUGCGCGGAGACGCGCGCGUGGACGUGGGACAGGACGCGCUCCUCAACGCGCGCCUCGUGGCGUACACCUCCGACCAGGCUCACUCGUCGGUGCUGAAGGCGAGCCUCGUGUCGCUGGUGAGGCUGCGCUCGCUGUCCACGGACUUGGAGUUCUCGCUGCGCGGGGAGACGCUCCGACGCGCCGUGGAGGAGGACAGAGCACAGGGCCUCGUCCCGUUUUUCGUGUGUGCGACCCUUGGAUCGACGGGCGUGUGCGCCUUUGACAACUUGUCCGAGUUGGGCCCUAUCUGCCGCCAGGAGGGGCUGUGGCUGCACGUGGACGCAGCGUACGCGGGCACUGCAUUCCUGUGUCCCGAGCUGCGUGACCCCCUGCACGGGAUCGAAAUCGCCGACUCGUUCGUGGUCAACCCGGGCAAGUGGAUGAUGGUCAACCUGGACUGCACCGUCUUCUGGGUGGCGGACAAGCGGAGUCUGCAGAGCACGUUCUGCGUGGAGCCGCACUACUUAAAGCACGAACACUCCGGUUCGGUCACCGACCUCAUGCACUGGCAGAUCCCGCUGACUGUGCGUUUCCGCUCGCUCAAGCUGUGGUUUGUGAUUCGCUCGUUCGGGCUGGACGGCCUGCAGGAGCACGUGCGCAGGGGCAUUGAGCUUGCAAGGUAUUUUGAAAGACUCGUCAUAGAUGACCCCCGGUUUGAGAUUCCAGUGAAGAGAAACCUGGGACUCGUCGUGUUUCGCCUCCAGGGCCCUAACGAGAUGACGGAGAAGCUACUCAAGAAGCUCAACGCAUCGGGGCAGCUAUUCGUGGCGUCAGCCAUGGCUGGAGACAAGUUCGUCAUCCGCUUCACCAUCACGUCCCAGUUCACCACAGAGGCGGACUUGCUGCAGGAUUGGAGCCUCGUGUUACAGGCCGUCUCGGGCCUCCUGCAGGGCUCGGUGUAGAAGGGUGAUGAAAGCGCUGAGGGUAAAUCUGUUUAGAUUUGGAAACUGGAUUUAAGGGAAAAGGUGGGUCGGGAGACUGUACCAGAAUAAUAGAGUCAGGAUCGGGGCCUCUGGAGAUCUUGACACUGAAGGCAGAUGUCCAUGUUAUAUAAUUGUGCUGGACCCAGUGAUUGCUUUACGUAGUUUUGCCGUGGGAAAUUGUCCUAUGAAGGCAAAACAUGGGACACCAAGGAUGAAUGUAGAACCAGAUGAAGACGAAGAUUCUUACUUAAGGCUGCUUGCCGUUUAUUUACUCAUGCACACUCUGAUCACUGUACACUCUACCUUACACUUUCUGCACUCGAUGCUUACACCCUUUAUGGCGCACAUCAGGACUCUGUCCUUUACGUGGACAUCCCAUCAUUUAUCUACGCCCCAGUACAGCUCCCCUUUGUCUACCCACUCGUCUGCCCCAGGCAGGGGAUCAUCCAACACCGCCCGGCGACGAGUUGAGACCUCUACAACUCAAGCCCUCUUUGGCAGCAGCUGGAAUGUCGUCCACGCAGGCUCUUGUUCCUCUCUCUCCCAACGACGACGACCCAGAGCUCACGCACACUCCUGCUUAUAUAUCCCUCAUUCAGAGUCCGCACGUACUCCCACUUAAGCUGCAGUCUCCAUGGCGCCCCUCGCACUCGUUAAUCCUUAUCAUCACCCCCAUCCCCCAUCUCCACGGCGCCUACCCCGUGCUCCCACGCGCACACCUGUUCGCUCCCAAUUGCCCUCACUCACAGAGCGUCUUACGCAUGCUCUUGCACGACCUUUCCACAAACUCACACUUUCCCGCGCUCACCCCUCGCGGUACUCCUCUACAAAUGUAAUCCAUUUGUUUAAAUAUGGUUGGCUGCUAGUCGUGUCCUUUAAGAGACACCAACAUUUUAGGGCUGUACCAAUGGAAGGCAACCCCAUUUAUAAAGUCAACACUUGAAUUUAUUGCAUUAAGUCCAUUAGUACUUCAAUGUUAUAUACUGCGUAUAUAUUUAAGAUAUAUUUAUCUGAUUCAUCACUUGUUGAGAUCAUAGAUUGGUCUACAAUAAAGAAAUCACGUUCAGUUCAUGAAGUUCGGAACGAAUAAAACUCAAAGGUCCGUAGUGCAAAUUGAGAUUUCCAAUGUUUUCAUGCUGUGUCUGCAUUGUAGAAGGACCAUUUUCUCAUAUUAUGAUGGCCUGUUAUAUAGUUUUCUAUUAACAGACAUUGUUAAUGAUAAAAGCCAUCGAUGUCCUCUGAGUUGUCCAUAAAGGUACAAUCCAUCCUGGAACAUGCUCCAUUUCCAAUUAGCAUCUUCGCUCGUUCGGGCUGGGCGGUCUGCAAGAGCACGCGUGCAGGGUGAGGGCCUCGUGUGGCACUCGCUGGCAUUCUCGAAAGUGGAAAAACCUCACCGCACUCAUUCAUCCAUAAAAGAAAAGUCCAGGGAGGAAGCAGAGCAGAUCUAAUAUGUUGUUGAAUGCUCGACAUAUUAACAUGGAACACCAUACACUGCCCUUUUAAAAAUCCCCUGCAAAUGUUACGUGGGUGAGGUGGGGAAAAUGCAUCUUUGGCAGCUUGAGAAGGCCGCUUUCAAAGGAUUACUCAAAAGACAUGUCCACACACUGGCGGAGCCAGUGGGUGGGGUGGCACGUG